AUGGUCUGGAAGCCUGAACCGGAUGUCUUUGUUUUCCAAGGUGUGUUCCGAGAAGAAAUCCCGGCCAUCUUUUCGGAUGGCGCUGUUCCAACCAAACGAGAAGCUCUGCGCACUGUGAUGAGCAUCUUCGACCCCAUCGGACUGGUAGCCAUCUUCGUCAUCCACAGAAAAGUGCUUGUGCAGCAUAUCUGGCGCUCUGGACUUGGUUGGGAUGAACGCAUUGCGGACAUACUGCUUGAGCAGUGGAAACGAUGGGUCAAGUUACUCCAGCAGCUGGAACGAAUCGAAAUCCCACGUUGCUACUUCCCUGGCUACUCUUCCGAAGGCUACAGGACCGAGCUGCACAUUUUCGUGGACGCUUCCGAGGAAGCCUUUGCAGCAGUAGCAUAUUUCCGAAUCGUCGAAGAAACAAGAGUUCGAUGCUCGUUGGUGUCAGCGAAAACGAAGGAUGCCCUCCUGAAACUGCUGUCGAUUCCCAGGCUGGAGUUGUCAGCCGCCGUUGUCGGUGCCAGACUUUCGAAAUCCGUCAUUGAGAACCACACACUUCCAAUCAGUCGCAAAACGUUCUGGAGUGAUUCCUGCACAGACAUGACAGAAAUCCACGAUCGCACGCAGGUCGAUGAAUGGCGCUGGGUGCCAUCGCGUAUGCAUGUCGCUGACGAUGCCACAAAGUGGGGCAAAGGUCCCGAUAUCAGCUCCGAGCUCCAAACCAGGGAAGAGCUGCUGCAGUACGAACGGUUUUCAAAAUGGGAGCGCCUGGUCCGUGCUGUAUCCUACGUACGCCGGUUCGUGGACAAUCUUCGUUGCAAGGCGAAAAAGCAGUCACCAAGCAACACGGAAUGGUUAAAUCGGGACGAACUGCUGCGUGCGGAGACAACCGUCUUCAAGCAAAUCCACCACGAGGCUUUCGGGGACGGGCUUGUUAUUCUGAAGAAAAACCAAGAACUUCCCGCUGGUGAACAACAGAGACUUAAGAAAACUAGCAAGAUCCUCAAACUUUCACCUUUUCUGGUCGAGCAAGGACGGAUGGACGGCAGGAUUGCAGACAUGAGGGAACGAAGCUUCUUGUCGAAGCACUGCAAUGCUGAAACUGCGAUCAACGAGAUGAGCCAGAAGUUUCAUGUGUCGGAAAUGAGAGUUGUUUUCGAGCAAGCCGCAAAACAGUGCCAGUGGUGCAAGAUUUACAGGGCAGCGCCGGAGAUCCCGAGAAUGGCUCCGCUUCCACAAGCAAGGACGGUGUCACAUGUGCGACCAUUCACCUAUGUCGGCGUUGACUACUUCGGGCCAAUGCUGGUUAAGCAGGGACGUAGCGAAGUAAAACGUUGGGUCGCGUUGUUCACCUGCUUGACCAUCCACACAGUGCAUCUUGAGGUGGUGCAUAACCUGACUACAGAGUCCUGCAAGAUGGCGGGGGGGAUCAUGGUCCGGUCGGUCAAAAGCGCGCUGGCAUCAUUGUCUACUGGGGGCAAGCCGGACGAUGAGACCCUUCGUACGCUCCUAGUCGAGGCUGAAUCGAUCAUCAACUCGAGGCCACUGACGUACCUCCCAAUUGAUUCCGAGGAACAAGAAGCCCUUACUCCAAACUGCUUCCUAAUGUUGAGCACCAGCGGAGUCAACCAACCGGCUAGGGAGCCGAUCGAGGAGGGAAGGACAGCGCGCUGUAACUGGGACCUAUGCAAACAGCUAUUGGACAGAUUCUGGGCUCGGUGGAUCCAAGAAUAUUUGCCAACGAUUACCAAGCGUACCAAGUGGUUCAAGACUGGUUCAAUCUGGUGGUCGUCGUGGAGGACCGGAUUUCGAAUGGCUGACUGA